AAUAAUUAAAUGUCAGAUUUUUCUACAUUGGCAUACGUGUCGGGGUGAUAUAAACGAAUUUAGAAAUUAAUAUUCUUUCACUUAGUUACACAGGAUUUAACCACUAUAAUAAGGAUAAUCAUGAGUAAAUGUUUAGUUACCUCAAUUGUACUGCUUUGUGUUCUACAAACAACAUUUGGCCUUUACUUCCACAUAGCAGAAACAGAGCGAAAAUGUUUUAUAGAAGAAGUUCCUGACGAGACAACCGUCAUCGUGAACUACAAAGUGGAACUAUACGACCCGCGUUCUAAUGGUUUUAUGCCCUCCUCUCCCGGUAUUGGCAUGCAUGUGGAAGUACGUGAUAGCGACGAUAAAGUUAUACUCUCACGCGUUUAUAGUUCUGAAGGUCGCAUCUCCUUUACUUCACAUAUACCCGGUGAACAUGUAAUUUGCAUGUAUUCGAAUAGCACAGCUUGGUUUAGUGGUGCACAAUUGCGUGUCCAUUUGGAUAUACAGGUGGGCGAGCACGCCAUCGAUUACGCGAAUGUCGCUCAAAAAGAGAAAUUGACUGAAUUACAAUUGCGCAUACGUCAAUUACUUGAUCAAGUGGAUCAAAUCACCAAAGAGCAGAACUAUCAACGUUAUAGGGAGGAGCGUUUCCGUCAUACAAGUGAAAGCACCAACUCGCGCGUUUUAUGGUGGUCAUUGGCACAAACUUUUGUUUUGGUCUGUAUGGGAUUCUGGCAGAUGCGACACUUAAAGAGCUUCUUCGAGGCGAAGAAACUAGUGUAAAGAUUUAUAACCAACGAAUAUGCGGGUGGAUACGAAGACAGUACGAAGGCGAAUUGUUAUAAUUAGUAAAAGUGAAUUUUGAAUAUACAUCCACCCACAGAAGUUAUACUAAUUAAAAUAUUCAGAAUAUAUGAUUUAUUCAUUAGCAACAGUUUUUCGAUGUGCCAACGUUUAGAAAAACUAAUGUCGACACUAACCAAGCUCAUCCAUUUCAUUUUUUCUCAAUCUCAGUUGCUUAUCAAAUCUUUAUACCAGCAUGAACCGUUUUGCAAAGAAUUGCUCAGACAAAAAUUAUAAUACUUUAUAAUAUAGUAAAUUUAUUCUGUAUAACCAUGAAGUUUUUAUUUUGAAUUCUACCCAUUUCUGUUUCAUAAUUCUUAGUAAUAAAAAAGUAAAUUUAAUUAUA